UUAGAACACAGACGGUUUCACAGACAAGGAAGUAAAUAAUUUUCGAAAACAGACAAAGGCCCACAGAUAAGUCUCAGUGGAUAGUAACAGGAUCGUUACAGGGCAAAGCAACCAUGGCCAGCAAUGCUCAAAACAACACUGUGAUAGUUGCUGCUUUCGACUUUGGUACCACAUACAGCGGCUAUGCAUUCUCUUUUCGAGACGAUCCUAAAAAGAUUCAGACAAACCAGAAUUGGUAUGCAGGCGGUGGAUCUUCCAAACUGGUGUCAUUAAAGACUCCUACCUCCGUUCUUCUCAAACCCAAAGGACAGUUUGAUUCGUUUGGAUUCGAAGCUGAAGAUAAGUACGCAGACCUAGCGGAAGACGAUGAGCAUCACGGCUGGAGGCUUUUCCGGAGAUUUAAAAUGGUUCUGCAUAGUAAUGAGCACUUGACGAAAGAAGUUACGGUGGAGGACAUUUGCGGAAAACAGAUGAAGGCUUUCCCGCUGUUUGUCAUGUCUAUACAUUUCAUGAGAGAGCACUUACUAGAUGCGGUUAACAAGCAAAAGAUAGGAAUCGAAGAGACGGACAUAUCGUAUGUGUUGACCGUCCCGGCUAUCUGGGAAGACAAUGCCAAGAGGUUCAUGAGGGAUGCAGCAGUUGCAGCUGGAAUAGACCCAAACCGCCUUAAGCUUGCCUUGGAGCCGGAGUGUGCCUCGAUCUGGUGUGAGACGUUGGGUAUGGACGUGAAAGGCGCUGUAUCGAUUCCAGGAGCUCAGUACAUGGUUGUCGAUCUUGGAGGGGGAACAGCAGAUAUAUCCGUACACGAAAGAAAACCAGACGGAAACUUGAAGGAAAUCCACAAAGCCAGCGGCGGUCCUUGGGGAGGCAUCUUUGUUGAUGAAAAUUACAUGAAAAUGUUGGGUUGUUUGUUUGGGGAAAGGGCUCUCAUUGAACUGCAAAGUACGGAAAUGGGUGAUUAUUUUGAUAUCACUCGUGAAUUUGAGCACAAAAAACGAUCCUUUGAUAGCGUUAAAACAAAGCAUAUUAUUGUUCGUUUGUCUGCUUCAUUGUGUAAACUUGCUAAAGAGCAUUCGAAACAAUCGAUUGAAGAAAGAAUUGCAGCAUUGGAAAUUUCCAUGACACUGAAGGGUCAGGACAAGCUGAAAAUUGAUGGGGCAGUUAUCCAAUCAUGGUUCAAAUGUCCAAUCGACAUGCUGAUCCAGCAUAUAAGGUCACUUCUAGCAGAAGCAAAAAUGAAACGCGUGCAAACUAUCGUUCUAGUUGGUGGCUUCGGUGAAAGCCCGUACGUUCAGGAAAGAAUGAGGAAUGAAAUACCAGCCGUGAGGAUGAUCGUUCCUGAAGACGCGGGCCUCGCCGUGUUAAAAGGCGCAGUGAGGUUUGGACACAACCCAGCCAUUGUCAGCUCAAGGAUUAUGAAAUACACGUAUGGGACAAAAGUGUUGGUCGAGUUUGAUGAAAAGAAGCACCCAGGUGAUAAGAAGGUAUGGAAGAAUGGAGAGUGGUGGGUGCCUAAUUGUUUCAAAGUGUACAGGCGGGUGAACGAUAAGGUGGGAGUGGACGUUCAGGUGACCAAGAUGGGUACUCCUUACAGUAAAGUUUCCCUUACACCCGUCUAUAGGACGAUACAGGAGAAGCCCGAGUACGUGACAGACCCUGGGUGUGAGCUCAUUGGGACUAUAAGACUGGAAAACAGCAUUGACAUUCCGUUUGAAGAACAGGAUAUAGAAGACACGUUCGUGUUCGGAGAUACGGAGUUGCUGGUGAAGACGAAGAACAUGGCCACGGGGAAAGAGGCCUCAAUGACAUUUGAGUGUUUCAAGUAACUAUUGUGGAACAAUGUGGAAAUGCACAUCAGAACGUUUGUACAGUACCGCAUACACAUGACACAAAAUAUGCUAGCGUUCUAACGUUUCUCAAAACUAUGCUAUAGAAUGUUUCGAAAGUGUUUGCUUGUACAUAUAUGCUUUACGUUUCAAUAUAUUAUUUUGCUGUU